AUGUCACUGAGGAACGACGAACAGACUGAGAAGGGAGCGGUGGUAGGGAAGGUCGAUUCUCAUCUGUCGAGUCCGGUACAGGAGGAGAUUAUCCAAGUUCAGACGCAGAAGCCAUUCACCACACUAUCAGCAAUCGGUAUUGGUUAUGGGGUCACCAACACGGCAGUUGGCCUGCUGCUUGUUCUGGGCACAGGCAUUCCCAUGGGCGGGUCGCCCGUGAUAUUUUGGGGUUUUUUGGCAAUGGCAGCCGUCGGACUGGCUACAGCAACGACUCUAUCUGAACUAAUAUCCGCAAUACCCCACCCGGGAGGUCAAUAUAUCUGGGUACAUAAAAUUGCCCCAGAAAGAUACAGAAGAGGCUUAUCCUACGCAACAGCAAUGAUCAGCUGGAUCGCAGCUAUCGCAAUUGGCGCCUCUGGGAAUCUUGCCGUGCCCGUGAAUGCAUUUACAAUUGUCACCCUUCUCAACCCUAACUUCGUGUAUCAACGGUGGAUGGGCUUUGUGGUGUUUCAACUCAUCAAUAUUGUGACGUGCUUUGGUGCUUGCUUUGAGUAUUUUCUACCCAAAAUCUCGAAGGCUUUGUUGCUUGUGAACGUCCUCUCCGUUUCGGCCAUUAUCAUUACUUUAUUUGCUACUGCCAAAACCCACACGAGUGCUAAAGACUUUUUCGAAGUUGUCAACGUUUCCGGCUGGCCGAAUGGUGUGGCCUUUCUAAUUGGCCUGAAUGGAUCUAAUUGGUGCUUCUCUUGCCUCGACGUUGCUACACACCUUGCUGAAGAAAUCCCAUCCCCAAGCACAAAUAUUCCAAAAGCAUUGAUUUGGACCAUCGUUAUUGCAUUCAGCAGUGGUCUUCUGAUGAUUCUGGCUGUUUUAGUUAACAUUGGCCCUAUUAAUACCCCAGAUUACUCGGGACUUACGGUCUUACACCACAUCACAGGCAGUAAAGCUGCUGCAAUUGGCCUCUGGGUUCCCGUCCUUUUUCUUGUUUUCGCCUCUGUAUGGUCGAUUCAGACAUGGCAGUCACGACUUGCCUGGUCAAUUAGUCGAGAGUCUGGCUUCCCUCUACAUCGUCAUUUUAGCAAAAUCUUCCCAGCACCAUUCUAUACCCCUAUAUGGUCCUUAAUUGGCUCUGCAGUCGGCACAGCAUUGUUCGGCUGUUUGUACCUUGCGUCUGAACUGGCAUUCAACUCACUCAUUGCAACAGGAAUUCUUCUCCAAUAUGCUAGCUAUAGUAUUCCUACUAUACUAGUACUUUACCGAGGCAGGUCGAAAUUUCAGCAUGGCCCCUUUUGGUAUCCUAAGUUGGGGUUCAUGGCCAACAUUGUAAUGCUUGCGUGGACCCUGGUAGCUCUGAUAUUUUAUUGUUUUCCUGUUUAUUCAGAAGUCAUCCCAAGCCAGGUGAAUUACGUUUCAGCAGUUCUUAUUCUGAUUGCUAUUCUUAUUACCUCGCUCUGGUUUUUGUAUGCAAAGAAACAUUAUCAUGUCGUUGAGAUAUAA